AGGUGCAGUCGAUAUCAGAACCAGCAAAAUGAGGAAGAUCUACAAAAAAGGAGAUCAGGUUCUUUGUGCUAUGGACAUGGGAAUAUGGUGGCCGGGAUAUAUUGAUUCUGAAGGCGGCAGUCAACUGAUCAUUGGCUUUUGGGAUGAACUUGAAACGCAAAUUAACAAAGAAGAAAAGAACAGAGCUUUUAAAAAAGUACAAAGAUGAUAUCCAAAAGUGCCUUUGCCACCAUGCUAGUGGUGUAUCUUUAGCUGAACCUACAGUUGAACCCACAGAGAACAUCGAUGAACCCACAGAGGACAUGGCUGAACCAACAAAUGAACCCACAGAGGACGUCACUGAACCUACAGCUGAACCCGUAAAGGACGCCACUGAACCAACAGCAGAACCAACAAAGGAUGUCACUGAACCUACAGCUGAACCCACAGAGAACAUCGAUGAACCCACAGAGGACAUGGCUGAACCAACAGAUGAACCCACAGAGGACGUCACUGAACCUACAGCUGAACCCGUAAAGGACGCCACUGAACCAACAGCAGAACCAACAAAGGACGUCACUGAACCUACAGCUGAACCCGUAAAGGACGCCACUGAACCAACAGCAGAACCAACAAAGGACGUCACUGAACCUACAGCAGAACCUGAACCCACAGAGAACAUCACUGAACCAGCAGAUGAACACACAGAGGAUUUCACUGAACCAACAGAUGAAACCACAGAGGACAUAGCUGAAGCCACAACGGACGCCACUGAACCUACAGCUGAACCCACAGAGAACAUCACUGAACCAGCAGAUGAACACACAGAGGAUUUCGCUGAACCAACAGAUGAACCCACAGAGAACAUAACUGAACCCAAAGAGGACGUCGCUAUACCUACAGCAGAACCAACAAAGGACAUCACUGAACUUACAGUUGAACCCACUAAGGAUGCCACUGAACCAACAACGGAAUCCACAAAGGACAUCACUGUACUUGCAUUUGAACCUUUAGCUGAAUCUACAGUGGGCAUCAAUCAAGCCUCAGACUACAUCUAUGAACCUUUAUGGAACAUAACUGAACUUACAGAGGAUGUCUCUAGUCAUUAUGAUUCCGAUAAUGACCCAGAGUAUGUGCCUGACAGUGACAGUGAAAUUUCUGAGGUGUAUGAAUAUGAUGUUCCAGAUAUCUCGAGCUUUCUUGAAAAAAGUGAAGAUGAAGAAUCAAAUAUGGAUCUAUCUUCCAUUUGCAAAAGCAAAAUAGGGAAAAACGUUUCAGAUUUUCCAGUAUCGGCAAACAGCUUCACCAGUCUAACCCAAAGAAAGAACAGAACUGAUGACCAGGAAGGAUGCAUCACAAUUGAAUUUGAACAUGAUGAAACAGCAGCAUCAGAAAAGAUUCCACCAGCUGAAAGUCAGCUUAAAGAAGAAGACCGUUUGUAUGACAUUAAUUUCCCAGAAAUGUUCAUCAAAAAGUAUGAAAAGAAAGCGGAAACAAAACAUGGAAGACCAUAUGACAGACGACAUUCAUGCUACUACUGUGGAAAGCUUAAAACAAACAUCCAAACACAUCUUGAACAUGCACACAGAAUAAAGGAGGAAGUAAAGACUUUCAUUAAAAUGAAGCAGGAAAUAGGAGAAACCUUGGAUGCCACAAAGAAGAAGGUGUUGAAUGCACAAUUACAUCGAUUACAGACUGUUAUAAGAAAUAAAGGAAAUCACAUGCACAAUGAAAAGGUAUGGAAGCAGAAACAGGGAGAAAUUCUACUAGCAAGACGACCUCUGGCAUUUGACUGUUCAAAAUAUGGUCCUUGUCCAAAAUGCAAGGAGUGGAUUAUUUUAGAAAACAUUACAAAACACCAGCAUACCUGUGUAGCAAAUGAAGUUUCCACACAGAAACCAAAUGGUGAUCAUGAGUUUGAAGAAGCAGUCAGCAAAGGAGCAACCAUAGUACAGAUGAAAGUCUUGAAGGGACAACUUACCACACACCCAUCAAAAAAGAUUGUGAAGGAGGUGUUUCCAUCAAUGACUAGAGAUGAUGUUACAGAGUGUGCACAAAACGAUAAAUUGAUAGUAGCACUAGGAGAAAUAUGGCUCAUGAAAAAUGUAGGAAACCGCCUGCGUAGAAGAAAUAUCACAAGUUUUCGAAUGCGUCUUGCUGGGAGACUAUUGUUACUGAUCAGGGAUAAAUUACAAUUAAAGGAGUCGACAAUGAGCAGUGUUCUGAUACCCAAAAACUUUGAUCUUAUUGUUGAGAGUACAUUGGAUGUUUGCAAAGAGAAUCAGGAGAAAGAGCUACAGAAUCCUAGUUCCGCUAUCAAAUUAGGAUAUGACUUGUCCCGUCUUGCCUCCUUGAAGUUGGGAUUCAGUAUCAAAGCCAGUGAUGAGAAACUUAAACAAGAAGCAACAGAUUUUCUGCGUCUGAUGCAGCUAGAAUGGAGUGUUAAAGUAACAAAACUUGCCCGAGUCACACUUGAAGAAAGACGUUUCAACAAAGAAAAAGAAUUGCCACAUCCAGAAGACAUUGCACAUUUGGCAACUUACAUGGUAGAAGCGCUGAAAACUCUUGAUUUGUCUGAACCUAAUGAAGCAAUAUUCAGAGAGGCAGUAAUUCUGACACAGGCUAGGUUGCUUUUGUACAACCGGCGACGUCCUGGGGAGUUAGAGAGCUUGAGAAUAGAUACCUACCUGUCAAGAGCCGAUCUAGAUGAAACGGACCUUUCUAUGCGGCAGUCCCUUUCAGAUUUUGAGAAAAAAUUGCUGAAAACACAAGAUCUGGUAGAGAUUCGUGGCAAAACUGGAAGAGGUGUUCCUGUUCUUAUUCCACUAGAAACACAGAGGGUGCUGGAAUUUCUCUCCAACAAGGCCUCCAGAGAUAAAGGUGGAAUAAAAGCAGAAAAUCCCUACAUGUUCGCGAAUAAGAGCUCUGGUGUUGUAAGAGCUGGGGACAGCUUAAAUGAGGUGAAAGAAAGGCUGGGAGCAAAACUUAAGUACCCCAAGAGGAUAUUGGCAACAAACCUGAGGAAGCACACAGCAACUAUUGCACAGGUGUUGAGUUUAAAUGAACACGAAAUGAAGUGGCUAUGCAACCAUUUAGGGCAUACUCGCCGUGUGCAUGAUCAGUAUUACCGACAAACCUCGGGAUUGAUAGAAAGAAUUGAUAUUGCUAAGCUUAUGAUUAUGCAGGAGCAUAAUUCGGUGGCAAAAUGUAACCAGAAGAGCCUGUCAGAAAUUCAAUUUGAUGGUACGAUUAUAUUUCUAUAUCACCUUUAACUCCAGGAAGGCAUGGUAUAAAUAUUUCUAUUCAAAUGGAGAGGUUGUGGGCAAUUGUAGUUUAGCCUAUGAAAAUGUCACUGAGACUAUUGUUCCAGCAGUGAUGGAGGCAUUAUAAGUUUUGCAUUUAGAUCCUGUGCUCAAAAAGUGUGUGUAAG